UGCCCACGGUCUUGCCAGAUGACUCAGUGCCCACGAUGACUCGUGCCCACGGUCUUGCCAGAUGACUCGGUGCCCACGGUCUUGCCAGAUGACUCAGUGCCCACGGUCUUGCCAAAUGACUCGGUGCCCACUGUCGUGCCAGAUGACUCGGUGCCCGCUGUCGAGCUUGGUGACCCGGUGCCCACUAUUCUGCCAGAUGACUCGGAGCCCGCUGUCGUGCCAGAUGACUCGGUGCCCGCUGUCGAGCUUGAUGACUCGGAGCGUGCUGUCGUGCCAGAUGACUCGGAGCCCGCUGUCGUGCCAGAUGACUCGGUGCUCGCGGUUCUGCCAGAUGACUCGGAGCCCACUGUCGUGCCAGAUGACUCGGUGCCCGCUGUCGAGCUUGAUGACUCGGAGCCCGCUGUCGUGCCAGAUGACUCGGUGCCUGCUGUCAAGCUUGGUGACCCCCGGUGCCCGCGGUUCUGCCAGCCAGAUGACUCGGAGCCCGCUGUCGUGCCAGAUGACUCGGUGCCUGCUGUCAAGAUGACUCGGAGCCAGAGCUUGCUGAGCUUGCUGUCUUGCCAGAUGACUCGGAGCUCACUGUCGUGCCAGAUGACUCGGUGCCCACUGUCGUGCCAGAUGACUCGGUGCCCGCUGUCGAGCUUGGUGACCCGGUGCCCACUAUUCUGCC